GUCAAUUUGAACGACAUACUCAUUGAAUUCAGUCUGGCUCCACGAAUCAUCAGCGGAAGGCUAGGCAGCAGAGGGUCUGGUGGAUCAAACACUGGACUCUGAGGUGUCUGUUGCGAUCGGCCCGCCGACAGUGGUCCCGACGUGAGGAACUAACAAGGCCCCUCAAGGACCCAUGAACGAGGAUGCCCGGACCCAAGACAAAUCUUCAAGAUAUGCUUGAAAGGCUGUCUUCGUCGUCGUCCGCAAGCAUCGUCAGCCCGAGUGCGACCACCAAUGAAGGACAAACAAUCUCAGCACCAAAAUUCACACUUUCCCGAGCGGCGACGGCGACGCCGAAGGUGUCAACCAAGGGAUCCAAUACAUCGUCCAACGUAUCGAGACCAUCUUCCUCGAAUCGAAUCGUACUAGUUCCAUCCACCGAGGCCGUUGGUCCCGCCAAGCUGGCUUCUCCAGCUGCCUUGACGACAGCCAGUCCUCUGUCCACGAUGCUUACGCCGUCGGGUUGGAUCACAGGAGAAGGUAGCGAAGCUGGUCCGUCGAGACCUCCUUUGAUCAAUCGGUCAGCCCCAACCUCACGAUACGACACGAUGCCCGUCGAGAAAAUUCAAGCGAUGAUCAUCAAGAACCAUGAAGAAUUAUUCAAGCUCUACGAGCAGCAGACCUUGUUGCAGACCAGUGAUGAUAUGAUCGAUUGGGACGGGGAAGAUCCAGAAAUGAUCAAGGGCAAGAUCGAUCUCUUGACCAAGCGGAAUCUCGAGCUCAAGGGCAUCGUGGCGUCUAGAAACAAUGAACCAACACCUGUGGCUCGUCCGUCGCCUCGGCCCUCCACGGUGACAGGACCUUCUCGCGCGCUGCUGGCCUAUCCUACCCCAUGUACCACCCACCAGCCUUCACCCGCCCUCCUCGGUCUUGCAACGAACGACCUUCAUACGUCCAGCGAAGGCCCAUCUACUCCCUCCAGGAUGGCUCUUCAGCCUCGAAAUCGACCGGCAUCCCGCGAAUUCGAACCUCCUCCUCCAGCCUAUACCGAUCUUAUCGCCGAUGCAGAGGCAUUCUCGGCUGUCGACAAUGAGUAUCUCAUUCCUGCUUCUUCGCCGCCUGCCCGAAAUCAGACCCAACGAUCUACGACUCGAGCGAGACCCUCUCGCGGUGUUUUGCAAACUCCGACCAAGGUUCUGGAAGACGACCCGUUCGACGAGUUUCAGGAUAUACAUGCGGACGAGCUAUUCGAUUUGCCUACAUCUCCCGCUCGACCUGUCCGGACAGAGCAAUCCGCGCCAAAAGCAAUUCAGAGCCAGAAUGCUCAAGCUGGUCCGUCCGGCUCCAAGCGUUCCUCUGUUCAAGUACAGGCUCCGAAAGCGGUCAAGAUCGACGUAAAGUAUCCGUGGGACAAGGAGGUGACUUCCAAAUUGAAGACUUACUUUAAUAUUCCAACAUUCAGGGAGAAGCAGAAAGAGGCCAUCGACGCGACUAUGUCAGGAAAGGAUGUAUUUGUGCUCAUGCCUACCGGAGGAGGGAAGAGUCUCACCUAUCAGCUUCCCGGUGUCUGCAACAACGGCAAGACGCGAGGUGUGACGUUUGUCAUCUCACCUUUGAUCUCCCUGAUCAAUGACCAAACACGACACCUGUGCAAGCUUUCCGUACCCGCCAUCGCGUACACUGGCGAACUCUGUCAAAAAGACAAGAAGAUGGCUCAUGACAUGCUCAACAUGCCUGAACCAUACACCAAGAUAGUGUAUGUGACCCCCGAGAUGAUGGUCAUGGGAGGGACCAUCAAGGGGAUACUCAAAGGCUUGCUCAGGAGGAAUCGGCUGGCGAGGUUCGUUGUAGAUGAGGCGCACUGCGUCAGCCAGUGGGGUCACGACUUCCGUGCCGAUUACCUUAAACUCGGUGAACUUCGCAAAGAGUAUCCCGGUAUCCCCAUUAUGGCCCUCACUGCUACUGCUCAGGAUAAAGUCCAAGACGAUAUUAUCCGCUCUCUCGGUAUCAAAGGCUGCCACAAGAUCACCACCUCCUUCAACCGUCGGAAUCUACAUUAUGAAGUCCGACCCAAGGCAAAGGGAGUCAUCGAUAAUAUGGUGGCCUUUAUCGGUACCCAAGGUGCCAAAAGCAGUGGCAUCAUCUACUGUUCUUCGAGGGACAAGUGCGAGAAUCUAGCCAAGAAUCUGAGGGAUAAUCACGGUCUUGGAGCGAAUCAUUAUCAUGCGGGAAUGAGUAAAGGAGAUAGGCGGAAGAUUCAAGAAGGAUGGCAGGAGCACGAGUUUGAGAUCAUUGUGGCGACUAUCGCUUUUGGCAUGGGCAUUGACAAGCCUGACGUCAGAUAUGUCAUUCAUCAUUCUCUACCCAGGUCUCUCGAAGGUUACUACCAGGAGACGGGACGUGCGGGUCGUGAUGGCAAGCCGUCGCACUGCAUCUUAUACUACACCUUUGGCGAUCAUCAAAAGGUCGUGCACAUGGUUGAGCAAGACAAAAACUCUACCCGCGAGCAGAAGCAGCGAUCCAAAGACAGUCUCGACGAGGUCCUCGCAUUCUGUCAGAACAAGUCGGACUGUCGAAGAACUCAGGUCCUAGCAUUCUUUGGUGAGGACUUUGAUCGCGCCAAAUGCAACAAGGGGUGUGAUACGUGUCUUGUACACGACAAGACGACUUGGAACAAGGAGGACGUGACGGAGGACGCCAAAAUUAUCAUCAAAAUGGUUCAGGCGUUUGACAGGAACGACAGGAUCACCGUCAAGGGCGCGGCCGAUUGCUUCCGAGGUUAUGGAGGCAACUCUGCCAAAGGACUUGGUGACAAUCCAAUGUUUGGACAGGGAAAAAGCUGGGAUCGAAACGAUGCGGAACGGUUGAUUCAGACUCUGUUGGCUCAAAAGGCCCUAGAUCAAUUCAUUGUGGCCAAUGGUGCGGGAUGGAGCAACUCGUAUCUCACACUCGGAAGGAACGCCCAAUUGUUCCUUCGUGAAGCAAGGACUCUGAAAAUGGAAUUUCGAGAGGCUUCGCCUCGUAAACAAGUCAAAGCAGCCAAACGGAAGUCUGAUCAACACGGUAUCAGCUCGUUCAUGAACAAGAACCCCAUCGCUCGACAACGAUCUCUACAGCAGAUCGCAAGGGAGGAACAAGAGUUUGAUAAUUCUCAUUGGGGCGAUACGGACGACGAAGAUUACGCGCCUUCAGAUGGAGCUCCAGGCACAGGAGAUGAUCCCAUUGAGGUGGAUACGGAAAGGGACGAGGAUGGGGACGACGAUGUGCCUCUCGCCGUGAGGAAGAAGCGAAAGCUGUCUGUCAAGGCUCCGGAAUCGAGCAACAAGUCAAGGCUUAAAGCACGGGGCACAGCUCGGACAACUGGAGCUUCAUUGACUAAGCAGAAGGCAUCUGGGUCGAUGGCUUCAAAGGCCAAAGCCAAGACUGUCCUGGACAUCUUGCGGACCAAAGGGAACGAGCAUGAAUUCGUAGAUCGAUCGUUCAGCGGAACGCCACAUCAGCAAUGCAGAAAGGAGCUAUGGAUGAUGAAGACAAUACAUGCCCGUAUGGAUAGGCAUGCGCCUGCCCUGGAUAGUCUAUCGAUCGACCUCAUCGCCGCCAUGCUGCCAACGAGUCUGGCUGCUCUAGGCAAGAUUGAAGGGAUCACUUCGGCCCAUGUCAAGACCUAUGGUGCGAAGAUUCUCGAGAUUUGCCUGAAGCAUUCUGGAGAGCCUUUACCUGUCUCAGAGUCAAGGGUUUCUGUUAUGAAACCCCUUCGACAGACCAUGAGCAAUAUCCAAUCGUACGCGUUUCAGCCAAAGACCACUCCCAGCGGCGGUAAGAGUGCUUCUGACGGGAUGUCUCAAACCAAAGCGGACAAUGGCGACGCUGGGUAUUCAGCGGUCCGAGCAGCGGAACAUGGUACGAUUGCCAAGACUUCCUCAAGCGGAACGGGAUCCAUGAUCAUUGCCAGAACUGGGGCGGCGGUCGCUAGGACUCGUUUCUGAGCCAGAGCGUCACGUGAGCGAGAGCCAGAGUGAGAGCGAGAAGGGACGUGGUGCUUGGCCCCAGACGCAAAUGGCCCCCGGGAUGUAAGACGCCUGUCAUCAUCUGCGUUCCGUGCACAGGCUCUCGAUCGCUCUGUGAUGCAUGUUGUGGCGGUGGUGGUACAAGGCACGCAGCAAAAUGGCGUUACAAGCAAAGGUGCCACCCAUAUUGCACAUGUGCCGGGAGAUUGAGUGUGAAUGGUCCCGGAUCUAGAUGACAUGGGUUUGUACGAUUGAUGAACGAUUUGGG